AUGAAUCGGGCAAUUGAUGCUUUGAAACGGGAAAACCUCAACGUUCUCAAACCUGGAGAACCAGACUAUGAGCGUUCCGUCAUCACUACGAAUCGCCUAUACCGGUUUUCAAGGCCCAAUUGUGUUAUCCAUCCUAAAAGUAUCUUGGACGUCCAGAAAGUGGUGAACGAAGCAGUUUCACAAAACAUUGCAAUCACUGUCAAGAAUGGUGGCCACUCUUAUGCAGGGUUUUCUACCGCCUCUCAGGGAAUUUUGCUGGAUUUAAAGGAAUUAAACAAAGGAAAGAUCGAUAUUGAGUCAAAGAUUGUUACACUGGAAGGCGGUAUGGUGUGGGGCCAGGUCUACAUGCUCUUAAUAAAUGGCAAACACGAUGGAUAUAUCAUCAACGGCGGCCGAUGCCCUAGUGUAGGGGCCAGUGGGUUUAUGCUGGGCGGUGGCCUUGGUCCGUUUACCAGAAGCUUUGGAAUGGGCUCCGACACUCUUAAGGAAGCCACCAUUGUAACCGCAAAUGGGAAGAGGGUCACUGUCAAAGACACAGAUGAUCCGUCAUCCCCAAAGGGGGAGCUCUUCUGGGCCCUUCGCGGUGCAGGAGGUGCCAACUUUGGUGUUCUCGUCAAGAUGAAGCUGGCGCUACAGGAGCUGAGUAACAAAAAUGGGACUGUAGUAGCUGGGAGGUACACUUGGUAUCCAAAGUCGAAGAAAUUCGACAACGAUGUAGUGGACAUCAUGAAUGGCAUCUACACUACGAACUGGCCGGAUAGAAUGACUAUGGACACAACUUGGCUGUGUGACCUUCGAGAGGCGCCCAACGAGGUUGGCGUUAGACUGAUAUUCUACUACGAUGGCGACAAGGACGGAUUCGACCAAUUGAUUGAUCAGUAUAUUCCUGGGGAAUUGGCAACUCAGAUUAAACGACGCGCAUUACCUGAAAAAUCGACUCGUUUUCUUCACGAGUCUCUUGAUGCUCAGUGGGCCGAGGACAUCAGAUCCUUUCCAUCGACUAAUCUGUAUGACAUUUACACGUCUUUCGUUCUCAAGAAUGACAUGAAUACUAUAAAAAAUGUCACGUCUAUCCUGCAAAACUGGACUGCCAAGUUCAAGGAGCGAUUCGCAGGAGAGAAGGUUUCAUUCCAAAUCACUUGGAUUCAUUCUGGGGGCAGAGCAGGCGAUCGGAACGCCCCCAAUACUGCCUUCUACUGGCGUGACGCGGUGUAUCACACAUACAUUAUGAUAGAAUGGGUGGAUAAAUGGAUGGAGAGAGAUAUGAGGGGCUUCCUACAGGAGGUCAAGCAGCAACUCAGACCACACUCUAUCGACGGCAAGGCAGCGUUUAUUAACUUCCCUGACAGCGCAAUGUGCAAAUCAGCACACGAACAGGCUUACUACGGAGAUAAUACGGAGAAGUUACAGCGUGUUAAGAAAUAUUGGGACCCAGACAACUUUUUCAACUGGGCCCAAGGAAUUCACCUUCCUGAAUCCAAGGCUCGGAAGCCAACGGUGGCCCCGGAUGAAGAAUCUCUGACCGAUUCGAUAGCAGGACAGCAGUGGGAAUUUUUCAAGCCUGCCAACUUUUUGGCGGAACUGAAGCAAUCAGCAGACUUUCAAUUUGAUAGGUAG